AUGCUGUCUACUGUUAUGGCCCAGAGCCCUUGGCACAUCUUCGCCGUCGGUAUCGUGAUCGUGCUAAUUGGCGCGCGUGUGCGACGAUACUUGGAGAUUCACACGUUCAAGAAGACUCACGGAUGUGAGCCUCCUGUCCGCGCUCCUCAAAAGGAGCGCAUCAUUGGGUGGACCGCAUACCAGCAUCUUCAAAAGACGAGGCGGGAACAUAUCAGCUUGGAACAGACAUUUCGUAGAGCCAUGGAUAUCGGUCGCACGAACACGGCUGUGGUAAUGGGUCAAGAGAUUAUCUCCACCUGCGAUCCGGAAAAUAUCAAGACCGUUCUGGCGACGAAUUUCAAGGAUUAUGGCAUUGGUCCUAGGAUGCAUGCCAUGGGACCUUUGCUGGGAGAAGGUAUUUUCACUACGGACGACGAGCGGUGGCAGCAUUCGAGGGCUUUAAUUCGACCUAGUUUCACACGUACGCAGGUUGCCGAUCUCAGCAGCCUUGAAACACACGUUCAGGCUCUCAUCUCAUGUGUGCCUGCUCAAGAUGGAACAACGAUCGAUUUACAGCCCUUGUUCUUCAACUUGACUAUCGAUAGUGCCACAGACUUCCUGCUAGGCCAGUCGGUUAGUUGUCAGGGAAGCGCUGUCGGCUCACCCGCAUGGGAAUUUUCUGAAGCCUUCGACCACGCCGAGCAAGUGCUCCACAAGCGUGGUGAAUUGGGCGCCUUAGCAUGGCUGAUCCGUGACAAAAAAUUCGAACCCGCCUGUAAGGUUGUUCACGAGUUCACCGACAAAUACAUUCGCGAGGCACUGAAGGGCGACACCAAGGCAGGCCGAUACAACCUUUUGGCGGAGUUGGCAGGUGCCUGUAGUGAUCCCAUCCAAAUUCGAAAUGAGCUCCUGAACGUUCUCCUAGCCGCCAGAGAUACCACAGCUGGCCUGCUUAGCAGCGUAUUCUAUCUCCUGGCCCGCAACCCAGAUGCAUGGGACAAACUUAGUCAAGAGGUAGGCGAACUGGACGGCAAAGCCCCCGAUUACAAAUUCCUGAAGGAGAUGCCUUAUCUAAAGAGCGUCUUGAAUGAGACACUUCGUGUCCUCCCGCCGGUCCCAAUUAACAUGCGCUUCGCACGCAAUGAUACCGUCCUCCCCCAUGGCGGCGGUCCAGAUGGACUGUCUCCAAUGUUUGUUGGCAGAGGAAGCCGAGUAUUCUACUCAAUUUGGGCCAUGCACCGGCUUCCAGAGAUAUGGGGCGAUGACGCCGAAUCGUUCCGCCCUGAGCGCUGGAUGGAUGACAAGGUCCCUUUGCGUCCCGGAUGGGGUUUCCUGCCAUUUAACGGAGGACCGAGACUUUGCCUCGGACAGCAAAACGCCCUUGUUGAGGCUAGUUACACUGUUGUCCGGUUGUUGCAGGUGUUUGGUCGCAUGGAGCCUCGGGAUCCCAUGCCUUGGCAGGAGAAAUUGGCAGUUACAAUGAGCAGCUUGAAUGGUACCAAAGUUGCUCUUUGGAAGAGAAAAUAG